UCUAUCGAAGUUGCUGUAUCUGCUGACCAUAUAUAUGUACAGUGUCGUUAAGGAGUUUCAAGGCAACCUGCGUUUCCGACUCUUCGUGUGGUAUUUGACUUCCGUGGUGAUGGGUCAUAGUUGGUUCAUAAUAUUUGUGAAUUUUAUCUGGAACUAUGAUGGUAUGGAGCUUGUAACCCGUGUCAUAGGAGUGUUUGGCUCAUACUUUAAUGUGACCAUAUUUCUUUCCAUGAAUGUUAUAUGUUUUGAGGUUUGGAUAACAUUUAAGGAGUUGUGGCAGAAGAAUGAAAAGAUACGCUAUGUGGUGUAUGCUAUUUACGUUUGGGGUGUACCAAUGAUGUUGUUUAUUGUGAAUUCAUUGGAACGAAGUAGAACAUUGUGUUUCUGUGUUGUGAUGUUUGCGUUAUUCUCAAGUUUUGUAACAUUUACUUGUGUGGUUUGUCACAUAAUCCGAAUUCGCAUAAGGAUAAUGAAUGCAGAAACAGCUAAAAGUGUUAUCGUAGAAACUACCAAAACGUUAUGCCGACUUUUUAUUAUGAUGGGUAUGCCAAGGAUUUUAUUAUUCAUACCCCUAUACGUCUGCAGAGAAAUCUACUUUGCCAUAUUUCUGUACACUUUUCUUGCACUGGAAGCACCGUUGAUAUUCAAAUUGUUUGUGCUAAAGGAAAAACCUUGGUCAUGGAUAAAAAGUCAAAUUAUGCAGUCCCCAUCUGAAACUAAAAGUCUUGAAUCAUCAGAUAUUCAAAUUUAAAACCGCCAACGUUCGAAAGCAACAAUAUAUAUUUUUUUUAAAUUUUUAACAUUAAAAAGUUGAAAAUA